AGAUAUACUGAGUGAGCCCGGAGAAGCAGUCUCAGAUCCUGACGGUGCAGCAGCCCGUAGCCUCUGCCAGGGAGUCCCAGCCGCUUUCAAUGGAGGAGAAGCCCGGCCAGCCACAGCCUCAGCACCAUCACAGCCACCACCAUCCGCACCAUCACCCCCAGCAGCAGCAGCAGCCGCACCACCACCACCAUUAUUAUUUCUACAACCACAGCCACAACCAUCACCACCACCACCAUCACCAGCAGCCUCACCAGUACCUGCAGCAUGGAGCCGAGGGCAGCCCCAAGGCCCAGCCAAAGCCGCUGAAACAUGAACAGAAACACGCCCUCCAGCAGCACCAGGAAACGCCGAAGAAGAAAACAGGCUAUGGUGAACUAAAUGGUAAUGCUGGAGAAAGAGAAAUACCUUUAAAGAACCUUGGUUCUGAUGAAGCUACCAACCCUAUUUCCAGGGUCCUCAAUGGCAACCAACAAGUUGUAGACACUAACCUGAAGCCGACUGUGAAGUCCAGCACCUUUGGAAAAGCAGGAAUUAAAACCAGGAAUUUCAUUCAGAAAAACAGUAUGGACAAAAAGAAUGGAAAGUCAUAUGAAAAUAAGUCUGGAGAGAACCAGUCUGUAGACAAGAGUGAUACUGUAGCAAUUCCAAAUGGUGUUGUAACAAAUAAUUCUGGCUAUAUUACUAAUGGUUAUAUGAGCAAAGGAGCAGACAAUGAUGGUAGUGGAUCUGAGAGUGGAUACACCACUCCUAAAAAAAGAAAAGCUAGGCGCAACAGUGCCAAGGGAUGUGAAAACCUUAAUUUAGUGCAGGACAAAAUAAUGCAACAAGAGACCAGUGUCCCAACCUUAAAACAGGGACUUGAAACUUUCAAGCCUGACUACAGUGAACAAAAGGGAAAUCGAGUAGAUGGUUCAAAGCCCAUUUGGAAGUAUGAAACUGGGCCUGGAGGAACAAGUCGAGGAAAACCUGCUGCGGGUGAUAUGCUGCGGAAAAGCUCUGAUAUUAAACCUGGUGUGAGCAGCAAAAAGUUUGAUGAUCGGCCUAAAGGAAAGCAUGCUUCUGCUGUUGCCUCCAAAGAGGACUCGUGGACCCUAUUUAAACCACCCCCAGUUUUCCCAGUAGACAAUAGUAGUGCUAAAAUAGUUCCUAAAAUAAGUUAUGCAAGCAAAGUUAAGGAAAACCUCAACAAAACUGUACAGAACUCUUCUGUGUCACCAUCUUCAUCUUCAUCCUCUUCAUCAUCUACUGGGGAAAACCAGACCCAAUCUUCAAGUCGGUUAUCCCAGGUCCCUAUGUCAGCGCUGAAAUCUGUUACUUCGGCCAACUUUUCUAAUGGGCCUGUUUUAGCAGGGACUGAUGCAAAUGUGUAUUCUCCAGGGAGUCAGCCACUGCUAACUACUGCUGCUAACACUCUGACACCCAUCUCUUCUGGGACUGAUUCAGUUCUCCAGGACAAGAGUCUGACUUCAGCAGCUGUUGAACAAAUUAAGUCUAGCCUUUUUAUCUACCCUUCAAAUAUGCAAACUGUGCUGUUGAGCACAGCACAAGUGGAUCUACCCUCUCAGACAGAUCAGCAAAACCUGGGGGAUAUCUUCCAGAAUCAGUGGGGCUUGUCAUUUAUAAAUGAGCCCAGUGCUGGCCCUGAGACUGUUAUUGGGAAGUCAUCAGAUCAUAAAGUGAUGGAGGUGACAUUUCAAGGGGAAUAUCCUGCCACUUUGGUUUCACAGGGUGCUGAAAUAAUCCCCUCAGGAACUGAGCAUCCUGUGUUUCCCAAGGCUUAUGAGCUGGAAAAACGGACUAGUCCUCAAGUUCUGGGAAGCAUUCUAAAAUCUGGGACUACUAAUGAGAGUGGAGCCUUAUCCUUGGAACCCAGUCAUAUAGGUGACCUGCAAAAAGCAGACACCAAUAGUCAAGGUGCUUUAGUGUUUCUCUCAAAGGACUACGAGAUAGAAAAUCAAAAUCCUCUGGCGUCUCCUACGAACACUUUGUUAGGCUCCGCCAAAGAACAGAGAUACCAGAGAGGCCUAGAAAGAAAUGAUAGCUGGGGUUCUUUUGACCUGAGGGCUGCUAUUGUAUAUCACACUAAAGAAAUGGAGUCUGUUUGGAAUUUGCAGAAGCAAGAUCCCAAAAGGAUAAUCACUUACAAUGAAGCCAUGGAUAGUCCAGAUCAAUGAAGGACCAGACUGCCUGUUUGUAACCUUUCUGCAGCAUUAGAGCCACCGUUCAUGGGGGACACAAGGCUUUUAUGCUCCUAGAUCUUCAGCGCAGCAGAUGAACCAUAAGUAGAAUCACAGGAUAAUAUAUACAAAUAUAUAUAUAUACAUAUAUAUAUAUAGUUAUUUAAAAAAAAAAAAAAGGCAACUGAAAGUAAUUAGACUUCUUAAGGAAUCAAAUUUAUUUCAAGAGACUACACAUGGUUAUUUAAUCUCCGGUACUGAAUAGUUUUUUUUUUCCUUUUUUCUUAUGUUAGUUUGUUUUUAAGUGUGAAUGCAAGUAAUUAAUGAAUACAGACUUGUUAAUAAGCGUGGUUCUAAAGUUCCUGCUGUCAUCAACUUGGGCAACAAAUAACCUACUGGAAAGGCAAAUCCACUUAAGAGAUCUCUGUAUCUUGUUCUGUGACUAAAGUGAUACACUAAUCACAGGGAACCCAGAAUGAUUCAACAUUUUCCCUCACUCCUCCCUUAAUCUUUUGGUUAUACUUUGAGCCCUGCGAGAAUGCUGGAUAAAUGCCUUGAAGUUUGCAGGGGUGUAUUUUUUUAGCGAAUAUGAUUUGCAUGUCUUGCCAGGAGUUAAGCAGCCUCCGUGGGGUGUUAGGGAAAUAUUUUCUUUCCUUUUAUUUUUUUGUGGGGUGGGGAGAGGGGAGGGCAUUGAAGUUCUACAGUUCUGGAAUAGUUGGUGGUACAUAUUUCACUUGGCUUCAGUUACAUAUUGGACUUGAACAAGUGAAGAAUCCAUGAGUGUUGUUUAAAGAAAAGUUAACAGAACAAACAAUUGGCUUUAGAUAUUGAAUAUGGAAAAAUACUCCUUUGCCCAUCUUUUAAUGUAAUUGUAUAAGUGGGAGCAAAAAUGUAUUCUGCUUUUCAACUGUAGGUGCUCCAGACUUGCUCUCUGUCACUAACACUAAAUGUGCUGUUUUCCAUCAAACAUCUAAAGAGAAACUUCUGUACCUUUUUAUAAAUUCUUUCUUAAUUUCUCAGAAAUAUCUAAAAGGGGAAAAAAAAUUCCAUGGAAACUAGAAAGCUUUUUAUGUUUUUAGCCAGUGAGGAGAUAAUAAACCCUGCCAAUAGGAGAUGUGUUUUCAUGCAAACUAUACUUCUGAGCUUAUUAGCUUCCAGUUAUAUCUUAAUAAAUAUAUUUUAUUACUAGAGCAAAAUGGGUUUUUUAAGGAAAAUAAUGUGAAAUUCUGGAAAUUUUCUUUUGGGCAAAGAAGAGCAUUAGCCCUGUCUUGUCAUCACAUUGCCAUCCUGUUGCACUGCAGCUUGUAUAUAGCAUGCUAAAAUAAGUUUUUUUUUGUGUGUGUGUGCAGAAACAAAGGGUCCAAUUUAAGAUUGGGUGAUGUUAGUGGCAUAAAAACAAGUUCUCUGGCCUGACACAGCAUCACAUUACACACACACACAAAUUAGUAUAUCCAUGUAGCUCAAAUACAGGUUAAAAUAGCAGGGCAUUUCUAUAGAGGUGUAGUCUUCUAAUAAAAGUAGACUGGAUCCCCCUGGGGUGUUUGGUGAGAAGGUAACUACCUUUUCCCAACCCCUUUGCUUAAGGAAUAUCCAGUUUUGAGCGACUGUAGUAUGGAUGAAUUUUCUUGUUUUGACUAUUUGAGGCUUUUAACAAGUAGUUUGUGAAAGAAGUUAUUUGACUCAACAUAGAAUAAACAUCUUUAUGGUUUGGAUUUCUGCCCUGCUUAGAUUUUAAAAGUAUAAGCAUGGAUUGCCAAUUCCACUUGAUGUAAACAAAAUUUUUUAUACAUUUUAUAUAUAUAUACAUAUAUAUACACACACACACGUAUGUGUGUGAGUGCGAGUGUGUAUGUGUGUAUAUAUGUGUAUGUGUGUGUGUGUGUAUAUAUAUAUUAACUUAUUGUAUCAGUCCAGGUUCAGAAACUUGUGGUAGGCCAGUUUCAGAUAGUUUCAUUUCACCUGUAAACUGUAUAACUUUUACUGAUAUUGUAAUUUUUAAAUGUAUAAUAUGUUUACAGAUGUUCCCUGCAUUUAGUCUGCCUUGUUCCAAUUUUGAUUUUUGUUGAGUCUCCUGCCUGCUUGCCAAAAGCUAGGAUGCUUCAGGCCCAUGUACAAUUGAAAGCAGAGGCAUCCUUGAGCUUUAAAGCAUUGAACAAACUGGAAAAUGCAAUGAAGUGAAAGAAGUCUGUUUUUGUGUUCUUUUUUUUUUUUUUAAUAAAAAUUUUCAAAAAAAUUAAAAAAAAAAGAUAUAAGGUUGAUUAAAGCAAAAAAGGCUCCAGUUUGUUUUAUAGGUUUUAAAGUUCUGCUGUGUGUUCAAUUGCCUUGUGUAACCACUUGUCGCCUUAGGGCCAGAUUCUAUCUCUAUCCUCUCACCCCCCCCAUGCCUCCUUCCAUUUUUUAAAUAUUCAUUUUGCUUGCCUGGAAUUUUAAAGCUCUUCUGUCUCACAACUCACAAGAAACUUUCUGGGUUUGUGUCAUACAGAGGUUGAAUGAAUAUACGUUUAAAAAGGGAAUAAAAACCCCAAAUCAGCCCCCAUCCGAAUUGGGCUUUUAAAUUUAGAAGCAACACUUACAAAAUAUCUCUAGAAAGCUGUUGUUGCUUUCCUAUUCCUUUCCACAUCCCUCAGGCCUUCAUACUUAGAGAAGCCAAAAAGAGAAUGUAUCCCUUCUCUGUUUGUCCAAAGGUUUUUGAAAGUCUCACUUCUAAAUGAGAUAAUGCAACAUUUCACUUUGAUUUCUCCACUGAAGUUUUCUUGAUUAUAUGGUUAGAGGUACAUAGUUAGAAAUAUCUCUUAACCUUCUGGGAACCCUAAUUGUCCCAUCAUAUUAACUGUCAGUAUUUUGGGGGGCAUUGGGUUAAUGGACUUAAUUGCCUAGGUACAAGCAGGACUUUGGGACAGAUAUCCUUUGUGCUGUUUGGUAACACUUAACUCUCUACUUGUCACAAUCUUUCUCCUUAGGUCCUCACAAUUCCUUACAGAGCACUUAUUAAAAAAAAAAAAUCUUAAGAGUUGAUCUGUUUUCUCAUUAUUUUUGUGUAAGCUUCUAAACAAACUUCAGCUGUGAUUAAUUUAGCACAUUUAAAUAACAAUUUGUUAUUGUUUGGUAUAAAGAAUUUUCCUUCAACUCAGAGUAUUAGUACUGUAGCAUAAACCAAAUACAGUCUAGAGGGGAUUUAACAUCCCUCCAUUAUAAAGACUGAAAAAGGUGUGUGUAUGUGUGUGUGUUGAGUGCUUGUGUGUGAGGGAAAGAGGAAGAUAUUAAAAAUUAGUAAACAAAUGUGUGUAAGACAUUAGUAUUCAGAGAAUGAACUUGUAUUUAUUUUGUGCCAUUUGUUUUCAUUACACAGAAUAAAGUCAGGUGGUUUUAAUCCUGAAAGGGGUAGUGUUUGAAAAAUGGCACUAAGAAUGAAAUCAUGACCUAUUUUUUUAAUAGCUAUGAAGAUACUAAUUAUGGGUGAAGAUUUCUUUUAAGUCUGUCUUGAUUAUAGGCUUCUGUGUUACAUACCACUCUCUUGUAGAUUUCUUGAACAAUUCCCCUUCCCUACAGAAGACAGGGUGUAUUUAUCUUUCUCUUUAUUCACCCCCACUUUGCUGAGCUGAAGUUAAUUGCAUAGCCUUUCCUCUUACCUCCUAGUAAUGAACUUUCACAUUAAGUGUAUUUACAGCGUCUGUAGUUAGCCCUUUCUCCUCUACCCUCUAGGAGGCAAUAGAAAAUAACUAGGAAUUUGUUAAUGCCGGUUAGUUUUUUCUUGAGGUAAAUGGCUGGAAAUGUUCUCUCCAUUUUAGAAUUUUGUUGUUCUUAAUCAUCUGCUUACCUAGUCGUCACUCAGAAUCUGCAAAAACUUUAUAAAGGAAAAAAAAGAUGCAUUGUUUUCUUCAAAUAACAGUUUCUAGGGAAAGUUAGACAAACCUCAAUUAUGAGUGUUGUCCACAAUACAAAAUGUGUUUAUUCACAAAACAUUACAUAGCAGCUGUGGUUUCAUCCUUAGUCAUUAGGUUUGUUACUACCUAAUUGGAGGCAUCUAAUGUUUUAUCUUUCGUUGUAUGUCAUGUACCAAAUGGCCACAGGCAAAGAAAUCUGUAAGAGGACUGCACUUGAUUUUAAAUUCUGCUAAAUAGUCAUUCUUUCAAGCCUUUCUUUAGAGAAAUAGAUUGAGUCUCGUUUCCAGGAUUAUGAGUGUAGUUAUGCCACUGGACUAUAUUCCCAAAUACCACAUGAUCUCGUAUACCUAUGCUUACUGCAAAACACUACAGUGGGACAAACGCAUAUUUUGGAUAAUAGUUUUUAUAAUAGGUCUUGGUUCUGCACCAGUUGAGGUAGAUUCUGAUCAGGCAUUGUCUUUUAAUAAGUCCUAGAUAGUCCUGCUGAAUUUUAAAAGAAAGGGUAGGAUUUGGUCAUUUUCCAAAAUAUUCAUAUUUGUUUAAAGGGGAAGGGCAGAGGACAAGACGAAGUAUAAUAGCUGCUCUAAGUUUGCAGAGACACAUAGGUUAUCAUUGGUUCUUAAUAUUGAUGUUAUUUUUUUAUUAAUGUAUUUAACAGAGCACCAGGAUUCCUUUUGGUGAGAAAGAUGGGCUUUUGCUUUGAGUAUCAAAAUGUUUGUUUUUAAAUAUACUUAAUUCUGUUCAGAUGUGAGAACCAGGACCACCCUGGGUUAGUUUUAAAAUGAUGAAUCAUUGGCUCCACUCAAAAGCACCGCUUUAAUGUGUUUUAAAUUAAACUUCACAGUUUUGCUACUCAAGGGUCUUAAGAAUAAAUAGUGUUUUAAGUUGUGUGCACAAUAAAAACACCCAGUGAAGCAUGAGUGGUAUGUUGAGUUUGCAUUACUGGGAGUGUCAAAUAGCAGUUGUUGACUAGAAACCUAUGGAACAGCCAUCCUCACAUGUGAUGGAAUUGCUGAUUCAGACUUCCCUGUUUAUCCAUACAGUUUUGUUUAUGUCCAGAGUUCUAAAGCCAUUUUAUAAUACUGCAGUAUCCCUUUUCUACAGCCUUAUUAAAAUAGUUACAGACAUUUUUGUUUUUUCCAGUGCAGUAUCCCUUUCAUUGUAUAUCAGAGUUUUACUCUACAGACUAACAAACCAACUUGAGGUAAAUUAUAUAGCUUUCCAUAUACCAUUUUUUCCUCAGGUGCUAAACAAAGGCUCCAAAAUGGAUACUGCUUUAGUAAUGUCUGCUUUAUCCUUAAAAUAUUUCUUUUGUUAGAUGUAAAGAUUUGGUGUUAACAAAAAUGGUUUUAAUAUGUAAAUAUGAAUGAAUGCCUCUAGUUUGCCCCUGUUUGUCUAUUAGUCUGUUUCAUUUAUCCUUUACAGAGGAGGAUCCUUUCAUGAUCUUAAAUACAUUUCAUUAGGUAUGUUGCAUUUUUAGAAUGAAAAUACAACUGUUUUCUGUCUUGGAUUAAUCCUGCUGCUGCUAUGAGAAACUGAAAAUCAAGAAUGUGAUGCACUUUUUACAUUAGGAUAUACCAUACCUUUAUAGGUUGCUUUGAUACCUUUCCUGUAGCACAGCCACUAACAAAAGUGAAUGAAUUUUAAAAUUCUCUUUGGGAGGGAAUCAGUACAAAUAACUUUAUGGUAUUGGCCUAUGAAGGACAAUAACUUAGGAAAAUAAAAAUUCUGUUAGUGUUACACUUUUUGGCCUUAAAAUGUCUUCUACUACUGAAAAUCUUUUAAACCUAGCUUUGUUUCUAUUAUUUCCUCUCUGCCUCAAAAAGAGGAGUUGAGAAGAAUGGCUUAAAGGGAGUAGAAUCAUUGGUUUGUUACUGAUUUCUCUUUUAGAAAAGAAAACAAUUGUCUACUAUUAUAAGCUGAGGACUUAAUUUUUUUGUUUGUAUACAGAAGAGAAAUAAUGCUGCCCGAGCCAGUCAGAUUUAGUUUAAUCAAAUCAAUCAGAACUCCCAACUAUUCUGCUUCUCUAGUAUAUUUUUACUUAGCAAAGAUAAAAGUAAAGUAGGAAUGCUACUUGACAAGAGAAAAGUAAUUUCUCAAGCACAUACCCAAACUUGAAGAUUGAACCCAAAAUAGGAGGAAGAAAACACCAAAUGGGGUGGAGGAAUAUGAGAAAGAUAUAUGGUCCAAAGCUAUCUGGUUAUAUUUUGAUGUUGCCAAUAUUGCAAAGCCAAAAUUUUAAUUUGCUUAUUUAAUAUAUUUCUUGGCCAGAGAUCUAUUUUUCUAUCAAUGUGCCUUGCAUGUGUAUUUAAAAAAAAGGAAAAAAAAAAAACACA